CUUGGGGUUUGUUAUCUAUACAUUUGACGUCAGACAUAACACAUCUGUCUCUCCACACAGAGGAGGGGAAGAGCAAUGGAGGACGGGAGGGAUGCAGGUACCACACAACCGACCAAAGACGUGCCAUAUCUAGUGAAGGACUACCCUCGGCCAGCACCGCCUGUACAAAGGAAGCUGGAUAUCUUCGACCCCGAGGAUUUCACCGAUAUUCAUGCAACUCAGAUACCAGACGAGAAGCUGAGUGACUUCCCCACCAUAGUGGGUCACCUGACAGACGGUCUGACUACAGAUGUUCAGAAGGUCUGGGCCAUCUUCUCUUGGAUUGGAAACCAGAAGGUUCUCGAUACGAAGUACCCGGACGCAACAGACCCAUACACCCCUAGAGCUUUCCUUAAAGGAAUUCAGGAGGACACGUCAUUAUAUGCUAAACUAUUUACCAUCCUAUGCAGAGAGGCUGAAAUCCCUUGUGUUGUUCUGAACGGACGGGCGAAGGCCGGGAAGUACGAGAUAGGAGACAAAGAGGCAGGAUACAGUACAUGGAACGCUGUGUAUGUUGCAGAAGGAUGGAGGUUUGUCCACUGCAACUGGGCCUUCAUCUCUGUUGUUGGACGUACCAUGUCCGGCUGGUUAAAGGUCGAAGAAGAUGGGAAGAGAGUAACAGAAGAUGUUCAAACCAGUGAUGGCGAGAGGAAGCACGAAGCUAACUUCAGCGACAGCUACUUCCUCGUGGAUCCAGACGUGUUCAUCUACUUCUGUCGCCCAGAGCAAGACACCUGGCAGCUUCUGCGGUCUCCGAUUUCUUUUAAACGCUUCAUGGCACUGCCUUUCGUGAGACCAGCAUUUACAGAAAGUGGUUUGUCCUUCAGACCUGGACAGGAAGGAACCAUCAAAUCCCACAUGGGGGAGUGCGACGUUAUCAUCAGAGCACAGAAGAGGAAGUGCCAGUUCAACUACAAAUUGUUUUAUAAGAAAGACUCCGGCAAGGAGUUUCCAGAUGCUCAGGGCUCUGACAGGUAUGUUGCGAUGAUCAACAGAAACCUCGAUGGAGAAGUCAAGUUCAGAGUGCGUUUUCCAAUAGAAGGUACAUACAAACUUUCAUUGUUCAUGAAAAAGGGUAAGGUGUUCUCGUGGAUCUGUGACUUCAAGCUUGAAUGUGAACAACGCAAGGCAGGUUGUGAACCUUUACCAGAAACCCCAGCAAUUGGAUGGGGGCCGGGCAUCACUGCACGAUCAGAAGGACUAUACAACAUAUCCCACAAUGAAGGGAUAAUUGAAUCCAAAGAUGGGAAGAACAUCGAAGUGUCAUUCAACGUAAAGGGGAAACAGAAAAUCAAACCUCGUCUCAAGCAUGCCCGUCUCCCUGACAAUAAGAUGAAGCAGUUCAUCUCAACAUCGUUCUACAAUGGCACCGUCAACAUCCGACUGAGGCCUGAUGAUGGGGAGUACGCCCUUGUGAUUGACAAUGAAAAGGAACAUGCGGGUCAAAAGAAUGUUCUUAACUACAUUAUCGACGCAGGCCAGCCCAACAGAAGGCCAGUGGGAUUCAGAGAGAAUGCCACAGAGAGAAUGACGCGACAGCAGCUGAAGGAGGCGACGAGGGAGAGACGAAAAGACGACAUCAUUGCUUACAUCGCCAGAUUCAACAAGAUGAAGCUGGAGGACAAGGGACAUCUAACCAAAGCAAGGCAGACUCUGGAGAGUAUUGAGAUCAAAGAAACCCUGAGGUUCGCCUUGAUGAGGGAGAGAAGUGACGAAUUAGAGAAAGCGAUAAGGCGAGCCCGAUCAUCAGAUGUCGGCGUGAAGUUGGAAGCUGACGUUGAGAGAGCUGAAUCAGCCCUGAACAACAUUCUCCAUCGCAACUCUGUGCCGCGGCAUCUGUCAGCGGUCACCCACAGAAACGUUGCCGAGCUAAGAGCUUUACGAACACUGACCCUUCCACUUCAAGAGAUUUUCACUGCUCUCUUCUUGUUACUGGGAGAAAACAGAUUCAGCUUACAGGACAGUAGCUACGUGUUGGCAUUGCUAAAGAGAAGUGGCCCAGAUGGGUUACUGCCACGGCUGGAACGAUUCCAACCAAGUCAGGUCAGGCCGGAAGUUGUCCAUGAAGCCAAGGAACUAUUGGAGAGGCAUCAGGGAGACAACGUGUCCCGAAUCUGCGCUCCAGUCGGGAAAGUAUAUCAGAAGGGCAAGGACCUCGUGGACCGAUAUACAAUGACGCGGUCACCUAGUAUUCAUAACGAUGGCUCUUCAUCUCCAGCCGUGGAGGACCAACAGGCGGACAAUAGAGAUGUGGACAUACAGUCUUCAGCCCAGGGCAACUAAUACACAACGUAUAUAACACAAAAUACGUACUGGGGUUUACACCUUCCUUCUUUCUCAGUGAUGCGGACAGUAUUUUCAUUUUAGUUACAUAUAUUGACAAUUGAAAUGUCAUGUGAUGUAUUUCUUUUGUUUUAUUACUCUAUUUGUUUUUGUCACGAUGCACUGAACAGACAGGUCAAUUAUUUGGAAACGCUGUCCUUAUCAUGGUGCCUAUAAAGUGUUUUCUGUGCGUGUGUGUACAUACAUGCAUCGUUAUGACUCCGAGUGUAUAUUCCGUUAUGGCGAAGAUACGGGACCUGCACACACAUAAACAGGAUAUAAAUCAUUGCAAAUAUUUCUUUCUUGCAUUGAUUUUUUCAGUCAAUAAAGCGACCAGUUUAAUUCUAUGUAGUGUUUGCUUUGAGUUGGAAGCUAUGUUACCCCUUGUUCGGGAAGCAUUUGGACCCGCAAGGCGCAUCAACCGCAUUCUUUGUUAUUGAAGAUAUCAAAAGACUCAAGCAAGCAACAUUUGCCCAUAGAUUUGCCUUAAAACAACAUAAGCCCACAGCAUCGACUCCACUAAAAUCAGAAAAUGACCUAAUGUUUCUGAAUGUAAAAAUUUGUAAACAAAGAAACUGUUGAUGUUUAUUGAAUUUGUAAUGUCAGAAAAGAAUCAGUUUCUGUGGAAACCUGUUAGUUCUGUUUAAAACAAUAUCAAGCGUCCAGUGACGUCAUACUUACAUCUAUGGAAGCGUAUUAGGGCCAUAACCUUCAUCUACGUAUAGAAUACUACUCAUAUCUGCGUAGAAGAGAUUUUCAUCUACAAAGUACCUACAUUUGAAUAUAAUCUACUCAGAAGUAGCAUCUUCUAAAGAAUAUUCGACAGUAGUGAUAGUACUUUUCUCGAGUAAUCGAAAUAGUCCAAGGUCAGUUUUUAUGUAACCUCUGGCAUUCAAAUGUAAUGGCCGAUUUCUUCUUUGAGAGGCGUUUUUAGAAGUUUUUAGAAGAACAUCACUUGCUUGAUAACGGAGUUUGUACUUACACCGAAACGUCGCACUCAUUGCAAUAAAGAAGUUGACUAUA